CGGGGAGCGAAGGUUUGUCGAGGGAAGUGCAUAUUAUCUCGGAUAUGGACGGUAGGAACGAGGUGUCCGCCUCGUCAGAUGUUCUCCAGGAAGGUGGCGUAAGGCUGUAUCCCGCGUUCGAAACUCCUCGCCUUCGUCGGGGCACGUCCUCUCGCGUAUUUCCGAGUACCUCGACGAAAGAUCAAGGCAAGCUUAAAAGGGAAAGUGGCGUGGAGAAAGCAACUCGUAGGCGAAUCGUCGGCCAAUCAAUAUCGAUAACUCGUUAUCAACCCCUGCCCCACCAAACCCGAACGUUUAGCCAGACGUUACUCCCAGCAGCCAGUUUCGCCAGUUGCGAGGUUUUCAGCUGCGCGUCGCUCCGCAGGUUGAAUACGGCGUGCGGGUGCCAAGAGGGGUUUGACCACAUGUUAAGACCUGGACUUGGUGAUGGCUGGAGUCGGAGUGCGGAUGGGCUCGUGCUGUAUUGCGGUGGGUUGACGUGGUGCUACCACAUACUGGCUACUGCCGACGUGCUCGGAGCCUCGGGAGAGGAAGGAUGGGCAGGGGAUGCGUUGAUCGCAGUCUUUGAGCGCAUAUACUCGAGCGCUUGGUGUACGUAUGUACGGAAGAUAUGGCCUUUGUGGUCAUAUGGAGCAGGUGAGAUUCGUGUAUGCGUCGCUGUCGCUGUUGACGACGUGAUAGACCUCAACUUUGGUGCACGGAUACACGGGGGUCGAGCGUGCUACUGAUGAGAACCGUAGCGGGGGUGGGGCAACCCUCUGGGCGACAGCACGACCGCCUGAUUGAGCAAACUAGAAGUCGUAGUGGGUAGAGGUAGGGAAGCGUGUCUGCUGAGAGCGGUGUUUCGCCGGGAGAUUUGAAGCGAGAGUCAUGAGACUUUGGAGGCGCUGUAGACUCAGAAAAGGAU